ACGAAGUAUUGUAAUAGCUGAGCGGCGAAGAAGUCAUGGCAUGGCGAUGUGCAACGACUUUUGUCAUAAUAGUCUUCGCAAGCUGCCUCGGCAGUAGCUCGCCGUCGCCCGCCCUCCGCCCCGCCUCCCGCGCUCCCGCCUACCUCAUCGACGCUACCGACGGCAUCAACGCUCGUAGCCUGUAGCUCACCGUGAACAUCACUGCGAGAUCUUUACACUGUACAAGCGAACAAACAGAAUUGGUAGACUCGAACACCCAGUCCUCUUUAGACAAGAUGCCAGAAACAAUCAUCAACGAGAAAGAUCUACUCCUAGAACGCUAUGAGGGCAGCGUAUUCGUCCUGACCAUGCGGAAAGCACCAGAAAACAGAAUCAACAGCCAAUACGCCCAAAAGCUCAUCAGUGCAUACAACGCUGUUCGCAAGAUCUUAGGGGAAGACGCAGAAGGAGCAAUCAUUACAAAAGGAAACGAUGCGAAGUUCUGGUGCACAGGUCUAGAAUUGGACGAAGCAGACAGCAACCCUUACGCCAAUUCGGAGGGAUUCUAUCCUCUGUUGGCCACCAUUGUAGAUUUUCCUUAUCCGACGAUUGCUCUUAUCACAGGACAUACAUUCGGAGGAGCUGGGCCAUUCGCACUUAGUCACGACUACCGCGUGAUGAACAGCAAAAGAGGAUUCUUCUCGAUGCCGCCUGUGAAUCUUGGCCUGCAUUUUCCUGGAAUCGGUGCCCUCCCACGCCUGAAGCUAAGACCCCAGGUUGCCAGGAAAAUGCUGCUUGAAGCCCACAGGUGGACAGGCCAGCAGGCAUUUGAGGACGGUAUUGUCGACGCAAUAGCGGAGCCAGAGAAAAUGCUCGAUGUAGCUCUAGAUCUUGCCCGGAAACUAGCGCCUCGAGCGAAGAUGGGUGUAUUCGCCGCGCUCCGCAAUGAGCUGUACGGUGAGGCGGGCAGGGCGUUCCGUAAUAUCAGCUACGUGCACGGGAACAGAACCGGAACCCAAGCCAAAGCAAAGAUAUAACUUAUGCCCUGAGAGAGUGGCUGCGUUGAGGAACGCCAUGGAAAGGUGGCUUCAGGAAAGAGACCGAUCGUAACUUGUCGGCAGCCACAAGCCAUCAUGAUGUGUCUUUAUCCUAGCUUCAAUCAAGCAUGAGAUCAUGCGAGACCUAGGGCUCAGCGGCCAAACGUGGGUACUCGAUGUAGCAAAACAAUGCAUGCGAGAUGAACAGCUCCUUGAGGGCUAAU